CGAGUCACCAAGUGACUCUCCGCCUCGAUGGAAGAGAGAGACGACGGUGUUGACAGUUCCUCCUGCUGUGGAUUCACCAGGAGUCAUUUCAUGCCAAUUUUUUUGUACGAGAUAUUUUAGCUCAUUUCCCAUAGUUUGAUUUUCAGAUGUAUUUUUAAGAAAGGAGACACUAUGAGCUGAACAGGACAAGUCUAUGUUGAAGACCGGGUAAAUGAGCUACUAGUUACCGUUGGCUAUCUAGCAUGCGGUGACUGUGAGGCGGGCCCCAUCCUGAGUCUUCUUCUUCUACCCUUUCUGCCCACAGCAUGCGGUGACUGUGAGGCGGGCCCCAUCCUGAGUCUUCUUCUUCUACCCUUUCUGCCCACAGCAUGCGGUGACUGUGAGGCGGGCCCCAUCCUGAGUCUUCUUCUUCUACCCUUUCUGCCCACAGCAUGCGGUGACUGUGAGGCGGGCCCCAUCCUGAGUCUGUACGAUGAAGAGCCCGGUACACAGGUGCAGGGACGUGGAGAGGCAGGCUGCCUGCCUGCAGACUGAGCAGCCGUGUGUCCCUGUCUCCCAGCACAUCCCCAGUGGCAUGUGGUUUAUCAGGGACGCGUGUGGCAUCGUGUGCGGGGUUAUCACCUGGAUGUUGGUGUUCUAUGCUGAGUUUGUUGUGCUCUUCGUCAUGCUGUUGCCUUCUAAAAACCUGACCUAUAGCUUAGUCAACGGGACUGUGUUCAACACUCUGGCCUUCCUGGCUCUCGCCUCUCACUUCAGGGCCAUGUGCACCGACCCUGGAGCUGUGCCAACAGGAAACGCCACUAAAGAGUACAUCGAGAGUCUUCAGCUGAAGCCGGGACAGGUGGUGUACAAGUGUCCCAAGUGCUGCAGCAUCAAGCCUGACCGGGCACAUCACUGUAGUGUGUGUAAGCGCUGCAUAAGGAAGAUGGACCACCACUGUCCCUGGGUUAACAACUGUGUGGGAGAGAACAACCAGAAGUUCUUUGUGCUCUUCACAAUGUACAUCGCACUCAUCUCCCUCCACUCUCUGGUGAUGGUGGUCUUCCACUUCCUGUACUGCUUCGAAGAUGAUUGGACAAAGUGCAGUUCCUUCUCACCUCCUGCGACCGUCAUCCUCCUCAUCCUCCUGUGCUUUGAGGCCCUCCUCUUCCUCAUCUUCACCUCUGUGAUGUUCGGGACUCAGGUCCAUUCCAUCUGUACAGACGAGACGGGCAUCGAACGUCUGAAGGGGGAGCAGGCCAGGUGGGAGAAGACUUCCUGCUGGGAGGCGAUGAAGUCAGCAUUUGGAGGGCCCUUCUCCCCAUCCUGGCUCAGUCCCUUCUCCGACCUCCGCUGUAAGAGGGAUCCCGAUGACCACGUGGCGCUGCCGCAGGGGGAGAUCGUCGAGGAGGACGUCAUAGAGAUACCGCUGGUCUAGUGUCAUGAGACUCCCGUAGAAUUAGAAUGAACAGAAUGGCCGUCCCGUAGAAUUAGAAUGAACAGAAUGGCCGUCCCGUAGAACUAGAAUGAACAGAAUGGCCGUCCCGUAGAACUAGAAUGAAUAGAAUGGCCGUCCCGUAGAACUAGAAUGAAUAGAAUGGCCGUCCCGUAGAACUAGAAUGAACAGAAUGGGCGUGGAACCUAGCACCCUGGCAGGUUUUGACUGGUGAACUCCUGGGUACACUUGCUAUGGAAGCCUGGUGUUGUGAUCCAUUAUGGCGUUGUUGACUUCAUAAUUAGGAGGGUGAUUUACAUCUGUCCUAUUUCAGACAUGUACCAGUGUGUAUUAUACACGUGUGAAUUGUAUUUUUUUUUUUUUCUGUAUAUCUCAACUCUCCCUGAGACGCCCUCGGGGGGGGGAGAUCUGGACUAGGCUUUUAUAGAGAUGCCAGUUCUAUUCAUUCUAUUUCUAUACAGACUCAACUGGUCGAGUGCGGUGUCCUUCCCACAUGGAUUCUCAACUCUCCCUGAGACACCCUCGGGGGGGGGAAGAGAUCUG